GAAGUGUCCAAAUGCUGUGGAGAACCAGCUGACUUUCUGCCAGCAUCGUUUAGCGCCUCUAAUGGACAAAAAUACUCCGCGCGACUAAACGUUACCGAGUUAUGCUCUCGAGGUAGCCAGUUCUGAGACAACCUAUAAUACUUGAAGAGCAAGCUGUAGUUUCAUGUGUAUUGAGAAUGGAAUACCCCAUAGUCUUUCGUUAGUUGGUAGGCUGCGUGAGUAAAAGUAGCUGACUGUGAGAGGAGGCUACAAUGCGCAAGUGCUCGGCUGUAUUUUACAUUACUCUAGGUUUCGUAUCUCUCUGGACACCUGAAGCGUCAACAGGAUCCUGUAACUGUGGACGUGACUCUUUGAACUUAUUGAAAAAUAAAUGUAACAACACAGAAGGAGUCUAUGAUUUGACAUGCUAUGUAAAAUAUAAGAAAUCUCUUGUGUCCGUCUGUGAAUGGAAAGGAGACAUAUCAAUCUCAUACAUGCUGUACACACAACAGAGGAGAUGUAAUUGUGUAAAUGUACAUCAGAAGAAUGGAAUUUGGACUUCUGAUGACUUUCCUGUUUUCCCAAAAUAUAAUGUGACAGCUCACGUUAUUGCAAGCAGUGGAUAUGCACAGUGGUGCACCUACAAAAAUUUCAGAGAAAUUCCAUCCAAGAUUACAAUGUGUGGCCCUCAUUCAAAACUAACUUACAGAAGAAGCUCAGGCCAUCUGACUGUGCAGGUGGAGUGGGGAGAUGAAAGCAGAUAUAUUAAAAACUUCUUUGUAGAGUACAAAGAGUUCAACACUACAAUCUGGAAAGAGCAACAGUCUAAAAACAAAAAACAAUGUGUUUUGUGGAAUCUGAUAUCAUCUCUGCCUUACGAGUUGAGAAUACGUUGCAAUCCCACCCAAGAGUGUGUCCAGUGUCCUCGUAGUGAAAUCAUUGUGGUUCCAUUGGAACUCACAGAUGCACCAUCGAUCCAGCUGGAGAUUCAAGACCACAUACAAAAUCGUUUCAUAUCACCAGGACAGAGAAAAGCAGUCGUGAAGUGGGAGUAUGCAAACAGUGAAGCUGUGGAUUACUACAAUGUGACAGUGAGGAAAGUAUCCGGGGAACUUAGCAAUCAGGACAGUUUCAGAACUGAAGAUUCAUCUCUCACCAUGAUCCUGUCUUACUCCGCAUACAACAUCACUAUCAGAGCUUUAAACACUGCUGGAUCGUCUCCUGUUUCCAGUAUAGCCACUGAGCAAAUGGAUGAGUGGAGGGAUUCGUUUGGGCUAUUCAGUGUCAACAUAACCAGCAACAACCAUUUUAGUCUGUUCUGGAACAGUUCCGUCUCAAGUGUUUGUUACUCUGUGGAGUGGUGGGCCAAAGGACAGAUACCAACUUUUUGUCCAUUCUACGAAAAGCACACGCACAAAGAAAUAACUUGGAAAACUGACAGCUGUUGGGGAGAAGGACGUGACAUGUGGCCAAUUUUUCAGCCAUAUACAAGAUAUAUAUUUUUCCUGCACACCAGACCUUACACAGACACCUGCAACAUGAAGAAUUUAAACAACAGUGAGACAACCUAUGGCACAGCCCAAGCUUACUUCACUGAAGGAAGUCCUAUCAGUGCUCCUGGGAAUGUGAGUAUUUUUAAUAUAACCCAGCAUUCCUCAGUAAUCACAUGGUGCCCCGUGUCUGAGGAAGACCUGCGUGGAUUCUUAUUAGGCUACUACAUCUACUUGACAUGGGACAAUAAUGAAACAUCCUUCACAGUGGAUCCCAGCAUAAACAAGUAUGAGCUGGAGAAUCUUGAAAGCAACUGUGCUUACCGUGUGCAGCUAUCUGCAUUUACAGCGGCUGGAGAAGGAGAGCGGAGUGAUUUCAAACACUUUGUCACAAACCUACUAGAAUUCACAGCUUUGAACAGCAUUAUAGCCACGGUUGUUGUGGGAAUAAUAAUUCUUUUACUAGCAGUUCACCUCAGCUGUCGACUUCUGCACAGAGCCAAGGAUCUGUUGUGGCCGAAUAUACCAAAUCCUGAGAACAGCAACGCUGUUCAGAAAAUUGAAAUUGCCUAUGAACUG